ACACAAGUUCUGUAGUCUGACACUGAGAGACAAGACAUCAGCGGGAGAAAGAGACGCAGCACAGAUAUUGAAAGCGGUGCAGAGAAAGGUGCACCUUCAGACACUGAGGGAGAAAUCAGAGCUAGACAGAAUGACCCCCAGGGAGAGAAUGAGGCUGAGGAAGCUGCAGGCUGCCGACGACAAGGCCAGGAGGCUUAGGAGACUUGCUGAGGAGAAAUACCAGGAAAACCACUUCCGAAUGCAGGAGCUGAGGAGCCGCCAUUUCGAGAAAGUCAGUUUGGACGUCUUGAAUGAGAGUGCAGGAGAUGCAGCCCACCAGACUACACCAAUCACAGCUGAGGACUACCGGUCGCUGGGUUGCUCACAACCAAAGGGAAGGCAGCAGCAGGACAUGAUGCGAAUGUCUGAGCCAGUAGGGCGUGAGAUCCCAGAGGACCCUCAGACUGCAGAGGUGUAUUAUUACAUGGAUGGAUUUGAGUCCUGCACUGAUGAAGAGGAGGAGGAAAGAGAGGAAGGGGACACCGUGACCUCAGAAACCCUCUGUCAUACCUAUGGACAG